UUUCACCGAACUCGGAACUACGGGAGAGGUGAACCGAACUGACAGCUGGCGGAUGAGCUGCGCGGCUCCUGCGAACAGCUUCUCAAGUCCUCUUCCCGCAGAAUAUCAGCCAUAACGGAUGUUUCCAUUCCAACAUUCACGAAUUGUGGACUGAUAUCUGUGUUGUUGUGGUGUUUUUUUUUUUGUUUUGUUGUUGUUGUUUUUUUUACCCCCACGCGUCGGAAAACAUUCCGAGGAGCGCACAUGUGAAUUUAAUUAUCUGCUGGUUUCUCUCUCUUUUUUUUCUCUUCUCCUCCUUCAUGCAUGCAUGUUGGUGUUGGGUGUUUUUUUUCUUUCUUUCUUCUUCAGUUCAACUCCUUUUAGCGCUUCUUCCGUGGUGUCAUUUUUGUCCGUUUCUGCGUGCCGCGCUUGACACACGCGUUUGAACUGAGAGCCGCUGAAAACUUUUGCGCCUUGUGGCGAGAGAGAGCCUCAGCGAGAGAAAGCGUUUACGCGGUGAAACUCGACUUGCGUGUUCAACUCCGUGAUUUAGCCCCGCACGGAGCACGAGCACGCGUUGAUCAUGUCAACGUUGCGCGUGCAUUACAAACCUCUCGACAAAUAAUCCGAUCAAAAACAAUUCAUGAACAUCUAGGCCAGGCCUGGUUCUUGAGUGUCUUUUGAGUUCUGUGCGGAUUUAAAAUCCUCGAGGGAGGGAUUCUUACCCCCCUGUCCGGGCGUAAAGGAGUUCCACCGAGACGCGCGUCUGACUACGGGAUAGCAUGGCAAUGGUAGUAAACCAGUGGCAGGAGAGCAUCGCAGCCGACCCCGGCUCUCAACUGCAGCUGUGCGGCCAGGAGCCCGGUGGCGCACCGGCCACUCCGUCCGCGUCCACGCCGGGUAACGACGCGAUCGGCGCGGACAAGCUGGCCAGCGUGGACUGCAUGGUGUGCGGAGACAAAUCGAGCGGCAAGCACUACGGCCAGUUCACGUGUGAGGGCUGCAAGAGCUUCUUCAAGCGCUCUGUGCGCCGCAAUCUGACCUACAGCUGCCGGGGGAACCGAGACUGCCCCGUGGAUCAGCACCACCGCAAUCAGUGCCAGUACUGCCGCCUCAAGAAAUGCCUCAAGGUCGGCAUGAGGAGAGAGGCCGUCCAGCGAGGACGCAUGUCCAGCUCUCAGACCAGUCCAGGCCAGUACCUGCCCAAUGGGAACGACCCGUACAAUGGGCAACCAUAUCUAUCUGGCUUCAUCUCUCUGCUCCUGCGGGCGGAGCCAUACCCCACGUCCCGCUACGGCGCUCAGUGCAUGCAGUCGAACAACCUGAUGGGCAUCGAGAACAUUUGCGAGCUGGCAGCACGUCUUCUCUUCAGCGCUGUAGAGUGGGCCAAGAACAUCCCAUUCUUUCCAGACCUACAGCUCAUGGAUCAGGUGGCGUUGUUGCGCAUGUCGUGGAGUGAGCUGUUUGUGCUGAAUGCGGCACAGUGUUCCAUGCCCCUGCAUGUGGCACCGCUGCUAGCUGCCGCCGGUCUGCACGCCUCCCCGAUGUCAGCCGAGCGCGUGGUGGCCUUCAUGGACCAUAUCCGUGUAUUCCAGGAGCAGGUAGAGAAGCUGAAGGCCCUGCAGGUGGACACAGCGGAGUAUUCCUGCCUCAAGUCCAUUGUGCUCUUCACUUCAGAUGCCAUGGGCCUGUCAGACGUGGCUCAUGUGGAAAGCAUCCAGGAAAAGUCUCAGUGUGCUCUGGAGGAGUAUGUAAGGAACCAGUACCCCAAUCAGCCCAAUCGUUUCGGACGGCUCUUGCUGCGCCUGCCAUCGCUGCGCAUCGUCUCGUCACCCGUGAUCGAGCAGCUCUUCUUCGUGCGCCUGGUGGGCAAGACACCCAUCGAGACACUGCUCAGGGACAUGCUGCUGUCUGGCUCCAGCUACAACUGGCCCUACAUGCCUGUGCAGAGAGACCGACCCCUCUCGCUCCACUACAACGAGAACGGGCCUUGACCCCGUCCACAUCCGCUAAAGCCACAUCAUGUAGAACCCAUCAGCACCUAAUUCGCCGUUCUGUGUUCGGGAACGGAACUCUUGAGACGUUCUCGUGCCAAGAUUUCUUCCGCAGUCGCUCUACAGUGUUUACGGUCAUCAUGCCUGAGUACUUGACUGCAUCACCUUGACCGAAAAGGGCAAAGUCCAUUCCAGUCCACUGAUUUUCAAACAAGCCAGAAGCCAUUAAAAGCUGAUACCAAAGUGGGUGUCUUUUUUUUUUUCUUUUUUUUUUCGUACCAGGACGUUUCGAGAAAUAAAAUUACGGUCCGGACUUUAACAGGGCUUUAAGCAUGUUUAAGUGGAGAAAUCGCGCUAACACUACAGUCUGAAAGAAAAGAGGCCAGUAAAACCGAAUAUGCUAAAGCCACUGCCACGACGUAAACGGCACGCGAACGGUAUGAAUCGGUGAAAAAAAACACGAAACUCUAUUGUGGUUCGUCUCAAUGUCAUUUUGAGUCUCUGAAGGAGUUUGAAGAUGUGAAAGAGGCACUUCAUAUUUGAAACCAGCCAGGCACCCUCCCCUUUUCUCUAUGCUCUUUUCAGCUACCACCAAAAAUUCAGCACGGCUAGAUAGACUUUCUGUAGUUGCCAUGUAAGGUCAGUCUAUAAGUGCUUAAUUCUUUCAUAAAGGAACACACUGAACAGUAUAUCAACAGAAAUCAGGACCUCAGCAGCUCUAGGACGGCUCUAGGGGGCCGGGCGCCAAGCGGUAGGUAGCAGCGGAUAUCAAGUAUUUCAUUAUUCUUCUAGCAGUAUGUUUCAGUAUGUCACUGUUUUAACAUGGCACUACAGCUUUCAAAGGCAACGUUUGGAUUGCUAAUCCACGGGGUCCAGGAAAGCAUGACUUGUUAUAUUAGUUCACAGAAUAUUUCUAUAAGAGGUUUUUUUUCCCCCCCCCUGUAUUUUAGGUUUGACAAAAAAAUGAAUCCUUGAAAUAAAAUUUGUCGUUCACAAAAUUUCUCUCGUUGUGUUGAAGUUUGUAUAGUUACAAGUAUGAUUAAUGAAGUACUGAUGCUUAAAAAAAAGAAUAUAUAUAUAUAUAUAUAAGUCCAGUCUGAAUAUGACUCAAUAUUCGAAGUUUGAGCUAUUUCUUAUGUAGAAAAUGAAUUGUGGAACAUGUGUUGUAAAUAAAUUUUUAUAACAUUGUUAGUUAUAGAGUUGAGAUGUAUGAGAACGUUUACACAAGAAAUAUGGUGUUCAUUAAAAUCUGGCGAGUUGGGAAAAUGUUCAGAUCCUGCGUUUGCCCCUGGGUUUAGUGUACAUUUAUAUAUAAAGAGACUCACUGAUGUAUACCUUACUGUGAUAUUCUAUUCAGAUUAAUGCUGUCAAGUUUAAAUAACUUGUUUAUUUUAAUUACACACCCAUUGAAUUAACGUUUUGUAGAAGUCCGUUUAAUUAAAGAAGAAUAAUAAUGGCACCCUCUAAAGCGAGGAAGAGUUCACGUGUGUCUAUGGUGGUUGGUGUGCUGUAAUUGCUGCAGACCUGCUUAGGCGGUGCUCUUUCACCUUUUAGUCAUCAUUUUGUUGUUUUGAACUCCCUUUUCCUUUUAUGGAAUUCGGUGGGCGUUGCUAAAUGUAAAUCAGUCAUUUACAUGUGAUUGACUUUUAUUAACGAAGACAAUUGAGUAUUUAGAAAAUCAGAGAAACUUUUGUAAGUCUGGUCGGAAUAUUUAGUUGUUGUUUUUUUUGAUUUUUUUGCCGUUAUAAAUAUUUACGUCUGUACACGUAUAAAUAAUGUAAAUGUAUCCCGCAAAAGGUACAGGAUUAUUUAUGUACGGUACAUUCUUGAUGUUUGUCCCCAGUCAUGUUCGUCUUAUUAAAGGUACCACGUAGACAA